GUUGUUGGGUUGUGGCUCAGACUGUAAUGUGUAACUGUGUGUGUGUUGGUCAGUUGUUGGGUUGUGGUUCUGUGGCUCAGACUGUGUUGAGCAGAAACUCUUUGGGCGAGCCUCUGACCGUUCACAUCGGCUUCAGCAUCGGACUCAUGAUGGGAGUUUAUGUGGCCGGCGGCGUCUCCGGCGGUCAUCUGAAUCCCGCCGUGUCUCUGGCUAUGGUGAUUGUGGGAAAGUUGAAGAUCUGGAAGUUUCCCGUCUAUGUCCUGGCACAGUUUCUGGGUGCGUUCGCAGGGGCGGCCGCGGUCUUUGGACUCUAUUAUGAUGCUUUCAUGGACUUCACCAACGGAAUCCUGUCAGUGACGGGCAUUAAUGCCACCGGGCAUAUUUUCACAUCUUAUCCUGGAAGACACCUGACAGUACUGGGGGGAUUCGUGGAUCAGGUGUUUGGCACAGGAACGCUGGUUCUCUGUAUUCUGGCCAUCACUGAUGUUGGGAAUAUCGGAGCUCCUAAAGGGGUGGAGCCUUUGGCGAUUGGUCUGAUUCUUCUGGGCAUCAGUGUUUCUAUGGGGCUGAACUGCGGCUACCCGCUGAAUCCCGCUCGAGAUCUGGGCCCGCGACUCUUCACCGCUCUGGCUGGCUGGGGGACGGAGGUGUUCAGCACUGCAGGUUACUGGUGGUGGAUUCCAGUCGUCGGGCCGCUGGUGGGGGGCGUGGCCGGUGCUGGGAUCUACUUCCUGUUGAUCGAGCUGCAUCACUCAGACGACACGGUCAAACCUCAUGAAGAACCAGAAGAAGAAGAAGAGGAUGAUGAGGAUGACAUCGGCCUGAAGGACAAAUACGAGAUGAUCAACAUGAGCUAA